UAUAUAUAUACAUCAAACUCUUCUCUUCAUUUCUUCACACCUCUCUCUCUCAUUUACAACUUUGUUCCAUUCUUUUUCCUCCUCUUCUAAUGAAGACUUGAAGUGUCUGUCUCAACAACAAUUAUAUGCAUGUUCUUCUAAAUUCUGUUUAUGCUUUGGUGCACGUGAGAUUGAUCUUGUAUUCACAGCAAAUUUGGACCACUCUCUGUAGGCAUAUAUUGAUAUAAACCUGUGGUUGAAAGGAGGAAGAAAAGGCCGGUUUCUAGUGUGAGCAUCGGUCGAGGGAAAAUGGGGUUGUUGAAUCUGUUCGAGGUUGCAUCGAUGCCGAUUCUGCAGGUGCUCAUAAUAAGCAUGCUUGGAGCAUUCAUGGCUACCGAUUACCUCAAGCUCCUCCCACCCGAUGCCAGAAAGUACAUGAACAAAAUUGUGUUUGUGGCCUUCACUCCAUCUCUCGUGUUUGCGAGCCUCGCAAAGACUGUCAACUUCCAAGAGAUCAUCUCGUGGUGGUUCAUGCCAGUUAACAUCGGGCUAACGUUCUUGUUUGGGGCGAGUUUUGGAUGGAUCAUGGUUAAAAUACUAAGACCGGAACCUUACAUACGGAAUCUUAUCUUAGCCGUUUGUUCAUCAGGAAACCUGGGGAACAUUCUGUUGAUCAUCGUCCCUGCGAUCUGCAAGGAAAACGGCAGUCCAUUCGGAGAUGCAAAUGUCUGCUCCACAGUGGGACUUUCAUAUGUUUCAUAUUCAAUGGCUGUUGGCGCGUUCUACAUAUGGACUUACACGUUCCACUUGAUACGAAGCGCGGGGGUGAAAUACAGAGCAGCUCUCGAAGCAGAGGACCCCAAAAAGCAGCCUAACAACGACUUAGAGGCGGACAGCAAGUCACUCCUUCUAGCUGGAGCAGAGCACACCGAUGCGCCCAUCCAACUUGAAGACGUUAGGCACGAACAAACUAUUGAGGUGAAGACACGAUGGGGUCAAGUGUUUGGGAUUUUGCAUCAACUAGGAGAGGAGCUAAUGUCUCCUCCAGUCGUUGCUGCUUUUUUGGGAUUCGUAUUUGGAGCUGUGGCGUGGCUUCGGGGCAUUCUCAUUGGCGAGAGCGCUCCCCUGAGAGUGAUAUUCGACUCUAUAAUAUUGCUCGGGGAUGGAACCAUUCCUUGCAUCACCCUGAUACUCGGAGGCAACCUAACACUAGGGUUGCGCAAGGCGAAGCUGAGCCUGUCGCUGAUUGUGGCGGUGAUUAUAGUGAAAUAUGUGAUACUUCCUAUGAUUGGGAUAGGUGUUGUGCUCGGAGCUGCACGUCUAGGAUUCCUGCCUUCGGAUCCACUGUUCCGGUUCGUGCUGAUGAUUCAGUUCACUCUUCCACCUGCCAUGAACAUUGGUACGAUGACGCAGCUGUUUGAUGUGGCUCAAGAAGAGUGUUCGGUUCUGUUUUUGUGGACUUACUUGGCUGCAGCUGUGGCUCUGACCGGUUGGUCCACGGUCUUCAUGUGGAUCUUGACCUAAAUGAAUCGAAAGCCAUGGCGAGAAGUCGUAUCGUGGCUACCUUGGUGGUGCAAUGCAUCAUGAAAAUAUUUGAGUUGUAUUCUCACGUGUUCAUGUUCUUCGUUUUCGUAUUGGUGUUCGUAAUCGAUUUUGAUGUUGUUUAAAUGGGCUAUUCACAGCCUUGUCAUGUAGCAUUGAAGUAUGAAUCAUUGAUUUAUGACCUAAAAUGUGGACGACUGAAAAUUUGAAGAUGCAGAAGUAGUCACAUUUGUUGAAUGUAUUACACACUAGUACUCCUAGUUAAUUGGGUUAUUUUUUAACA